AUGGCUAAGCUACCUUGUGUAAAUCUCCUCCUCGUCUCUCUGCUCUUCACUUUAGCCUCUUGUCUCCCGUCUUUCUUCACCUUGUCGUCCUAUGCUCCCAUUGCUGCCUCCUGCCCAGGUACUCCACUUGUACGAAGUGCGGAAGGCCUCUGCUACGGAGAGGAGCUCUACCGAGCGGGAAGACGCCGGGUCUCAGAGCGAGCAUUUCGCCUCUUCAUCAACAGACUGAACAAGGGACUGCCAAAAAAUGAAACCUUCGGGUACAACUGCACUCCAGUCAUUGCUCUUGCUUCAGGUGGAGGCAAACUGCGAAGCCUGCUCUCUGGUGCAGGCGUGGUUCAAGCGUUGGAUGCACGAGAUUUGAGCAAUGGCGUCAAUGAUCUCAAAGGGCUUUAUCAAGCAAUUUUAUAUCACGCUGGGGUAGAUGGAGGUGCUUGGUUGGUGUCCGCCCUGGCGGGCAAUGACAAUAAGACCGCCUCAGAACUAUAUCUCAAUACGUGGAGUUCCAGUUUGCCAAACGCGGACUUUCUACCUGUCAAUACAAAGAAGGGUGAGGCCUAUGCCAAAAUAGCUUUGGAUCUGGCGGCCAAGGAAUUGAAUGGCUUUCAAUCUACACUGGUUGAUAGUUGGGGGGGAUUGCUGUCUUUUCACUUGUUCAGUAACACACCUAGAGCCAUUGCUACGCUAUCCGGGCUGAUAAAAGGUCCAAUGCUUAGCACAUUCGAAACACCAUACCCGAUAAUCACCGCACUGGGUUCAAAUCUAAAUAUAGACCAACGUGGAUGCGACAUGAUCAAUAACAAAUCUCUUCAGUAUGAAUUUCACCCUUACGAGACAGGCACGUGGGAAGCUGGCCACAGAAUUUUUACAAAAACAGAAUUUUUGGGCACCCCCUUAAGCAAUGGCGUACCUCUUGCGGACGAGCUCUGCAUGAGAAAGUUUGACAAUCUGGGCUUCAUACUUGCAAUUUCAAGUGGUGCCUUUUUCCGCUUCUGCUCGCGUGUACCUGGGACCAAUUUGUUGACAGGAGAUUGGGGACAGAUGGAGAAUGAAUUGAUCGGAUUAACAAAUGUCCUCCAUACACCAUCUCUGUACGACGAAUAUGGCAUUGUUCCCAAUCCAUUCUACCAAUUAAAGUUGGCCCCUGGACUUGCGCCCAAGAAGCGCUUGCAUCUUGUUGAUGGUGCAGCUGGUGGCGAAAAUGUACCAUUAUGGCCUCUCAUUCAACCAGAACGUCACCUUGAUGUUGUCAUCGUGAACGACAAUUCAGCAGACACACGUGAUGGCUACCCUGAUGGAACAUCUCUUUACAAUACCUGGGUACGGGCACAAGAAUCUGGGCUCAACACGAUGCCAGCGAUACCAAUUCCAGCCACAAUGGACCUGAUUGGACUGAACAGACGCCCUACAUUUUUUGGAUGCUACGACGACUCUGUCAUCACUAUUAUCUAUCUGCCCAACAGACAGCAUGUCUUCCCUAGCAAUAUAAGCUCAUUCAAGUUGACUUAUAGUCAGAAAGACGUGACAAAUAUGAUUGCGAAUGGGAACAUGGUUGCUACGAAUGGUAGGGACAAAAAUUGGCCUUACUGCCUUGCUUGUGGUCUUCUAUUGAGAGUCAAUGAUGGAGAGUUGCCACUUGGUUGUGGUGCUUGCCUUCGGAAAUACUGUUGGCCGACAGACGGACCAGGAAAGCAUCCCAUGCAGUAUUCUGAGAGAUGGGGUGUUUGA